AUUCAAUCUCCACUUUAGGAAAGCGCAGAGUCACCAACCAGUCCACCGCCCUCUCUAGCGCUUCCUCUUCCAAAUUGGCCGAGCCACUCAACGGAAACCCCUCCGCUGCCACUGCUUCACCUUCAUGGUCGUGAAGAAGAAAAUCGGCUGAAGAUUUACCCGUUCCCCUAAACACCGCCUAGUUAAGCUUCACAUGAGUUGCCUGAGGUUUCACCCACCGGAAGAUCUGAGGCCUCCUUCUCCGAAAAGAGCUAGUCCUGCUGGUAUUCCGUCCCAGUCCAAUAACAGUCCCAGUAAGCCUUCCACAAGUGCCACACAACAACUCCAGGGACUGAGAGAAGAAUGGUAUUGGCUAGCAGCUGCGUUUUUGCAGAAUGGACACCUGGAUGGGAAAGAAGCACAGAAAGCUGCCAAUUGUUCUGGAAACGGCAGACCCUUAUGCCAAAGUCUCCAUAAAAAUACCCUUAUCUUAGGCACCUGCUUUGGAUGCCAGAUUUGGGUAUUUGAAAGCGUCUUCCCUUCAUUUAGCCAGAGGGCUAAGUAAGCCGAUUUUGAUGUAAAAAUCCCAUCCUUUGUAUGUUUCCAGAUUAUAGUGUUAGGAUCCCUAUGGGCCAUAGGCUUAGCCUCCUCAUGAAUGAGGUAGAUCCGUUUUCAGGUCGGAGAAUCUGUAACCUUGGUUUCUCCCAGGAUGCGCUUGCCAUAAUACUCUUGCAUCAUUUCUGACCAAAUAGAUUGACCUCUUCGAAACUCC